AUGGAUCGUAUCCCCAUGAAAUCAAACUUUAUCCAGCAAAAAAUUGCCGAGAAGAGAUCAGAACUUGAAUCAUUGAAUGAGAUUAAAAAGUUCACUUCAAUUCUUACUGGACAGCUAGAGAACCUUGAAAGUAAACUCAAUGAUAUGGCUGAAGGCACAGAAUCUGUAGCAUUGGUUCUUUCAAACUGGCAAAAUGUAGUGAACUCAAUUUCUCUUGCCUCCUUGGGAUUACUUAAAUAUUCACAAAAGGAUUAUGAGACAGGUACUCCUCUUCCUGAAUAUUUGGUGAGAAUUCCGUUGGAUAAAGAUGACAAUUCAAAUGGUCAAGACCAACAAGAUGAAGCAUAUACCCAAGAAGAGGUUGACGACGAGGGCGACUUGGAACAUCAACAACAAGAAGUAGAAGAAGAAGAAGAAUAUUCCGAUCAAGAUGAUUAA